AUGCAUGACACAACAAAGGAAAGUCUAUGUGAACUUCAUAAUUUAAAUAUUGAAACAUCAACUUGGGAUCCAAUUUUAGUUCACAUACUACUAAAAAAGUUGGAUAAAAAUACACAUUGCAGUUUUGAACAAACUCUUACUAACCCAAGGGAGAUGCCCACAAUAAAACAAUUCUUAGAAUUUUUAGUAUUGAAAUUUCAGUCACUUGAGGCUAUAGGUCUACGAGACAAUGCAGUAUAUAAACCCAACAAAAGGAUAGCCGUAACUAUGGUUUGUUCAGAUCUAUGUAAAGUUUGUAACACAGAUAAACAUCCGAUCUACUAUUGCAAAAAAUUCAUUGAAAUGACUCCUCCUGAACGAUUAAAUUGGAUUCAACGACAAAAACUAUGUGUGAAUUGUUUCAAAUCCGAUCAUAAAGCAAAGGUUUGUGAAGCUGGAUCAUGUAAAAAAUGUGCCAAGAAGCAUAACACUUUGCUUCAUUUAGAGCAACAGUCACCUAAACCUUCAAGGGCACCAGCAACAAACACAAAGUCAACCACAACAUUGAUCAACGCUAAUGAAUCGCCAUCCAUAACAGCAACAACUAAUGCAAAGGGUACUCGUAAUUACGUUCUGCUAGCCACUGCAAAGGUGCGCAUUAUUGCAAACAAUGGACGAACGUGUGAUGUUCGUGCCAUACUCGACUCAGGUUCUCAAGUGAACCUAGUAAUCCAAAGAGUAAUCAACAAGUUAUCUUUAAUUACCACAAAUUCAAAUCUAUCGAUCGAAGGUAUUGGCCGUCAAUUCGGGAACUCAAAAUCUCGCGUAAAUGUUGAACUGCAGGCUACUAAUGGAAGCUUCAGGACGAGACUAGAGGCAUUUGUAUUGCCACAAAAAAUAUCAGCACAACCGUCACGAGACCUAGAUAUUUCGGAUUGGCAGAUCCCACAGAAUGUAGAAUUAGCAGACCCCAGCUUUAACAGAUCUGGAAGAAUUGACAUGCUGAUUGGUGCUGAAUUCUUUCAUACUCUACUUCAACCAGAACAAUUGAUAAUAGGAAAGAAUUCGCCACUGUUACAAAAUUCGGUUCUAGGUUGGUUGAUGGUUGGUAAGACUAAAACUACAACAGAUAUUAAACCAACAUGCGCUAUUACUACAGGAGAAGUUGGUGAAAUGUCAGAAAUGAUAGAACGAUUUUGGAAGUUAGAUAACAUUGAGACUGCAGAAAGGGUUUUGACUUUAUCUGAGAAAUGGUGUGAAAAUCACUUUACAAAUCAUGUAAAGACAAAUCACGAUGGUCGUUUCAUUGUACGCUUACCUUUCCGCGAUGAUCCCACAACACUUGGUAGAUCGCGUGAGAUAGCAUUCAAUCGAUUUUGUUCUCUGGAAAGGAAGUUACAAAGGGACCAAAAUUUAUACAAGGAGUACAUAAAGUUCAUGGCUGACUACGAGUCAUUAGGUCACAUGGAAAAAGUUUGCCCGAAAGAUGUCAAAGGAGCACAAUAUUUCAUUCCUCAUCAUUGUGUCUUGAAACCUGACAGCACUACAACCAAAUUGAGAGUUGUCUUUGAUGCAUCAGCAAAAACAUCAAGCGGUUUAGCACUAAACGAUAUUUUGCACAAAGGUCCAACAGUGCAAAGUGAUCUUUUUUCAAUACUGUUGCGUUUUAGAAUACACCGGUUUGUAUUUACGGCUGAUAUUGAGAAAAUGUACCGGCAAAUUCAAGUACAUGAUGAAGAUACAGCACAGCAGCUGACAAUCUGGAGAAAAAGUGCUGAUGAUAGUAUACAAUAUUACCGACUGAAAACGGUUACAUAUGGAACAAAGUCAGCCCCUUAUCUUGCAACAAAAUGUCUUCAACACCUUGCGAAACAUAAUAUGACCAACUAUCCGCUUGGAGCACCUGCAUUACUUAAUGAUUUUUAUGUAGAUGACUGUUUAAGCGGAACUAACAGCAUCAUUACCGCCUUACACACUCAACAACAACUUACGGAACUGCUCAGUAAAUCAGGAUUUAAGCUGAGAAAAUGGUGCUCAAAUAAUACACGACUCCUACAAAACAUUCCGAUAGAAGACCAAGAAAUCAACCUUGAUUUAGAUGACUCAGCCAUAAAGCCAACAAAAACAUUAGGCAUUAUUUGGCUCCCGAAAUCAGACGAAUUUUGCGGUAAGGCAGAGAUGUCAUCAGAGCAACCUAUCACGAAGCGGAUUGUGGCAUCGGACUUAUGUAGCUCGAAUUUUUGA